AUGUAUUCGGAACUAAUGACAGACCCCAAUUCAGCCAUGAACGAAACAAUUUUAUCAAAAACUGAUCACGGCAAUAAUCUCACUCACAUCGCAUGUGUUGUUCCCAAUGGAACCACAACUCAGGUUGCUGAAACUAUGGUCUGUGCGCUUAUCUUUCUAACAUCUCUUAUUGGCAACGCCUUGGUAGUCUCUGUGGUUUACAGAGAGCGGCGAAUGAGAACCAGCGUGAAUUUUUUGAUCACCAACUUUGCUGUUUCUGAUUUCUUGUCCUCCACUCUUGUCAUUCCUAAACGUUUUGUGGAGAUAUUCUACUAUAAAGAUGCCUGGUUGAUUGCAGGAACCUUGGGUGCCGUCUCAUGCAAAACCGUUUACUUUUUACUAGACGUAUCAGUAGCCGUGUCUUUGCUAAGCCUCUUGUAUAUUGCCAUCGAACGCUACACCGCGAUUUCUACACCGCUGCCAGCAGAUACUACUCCUCGUAGACGAUGCAAAGCAAUGAUUAUAUCUACUUGGCUGAUAGCUUGUGUUAUGUACUCAACAUAUUUUUACACUUUCAACUUCUUCGUCGAAAACGGACGUCCUUACUGCCAUCAAAGUUGGAAGCCGCUUGUAAAAAAUGACUUUGAAGCCCUGAAAAUCGAACUUACAAUCCGAACUACACUUUUGGUUUUCAUUCCAUUUGUAGUAAUAGUUACCCUUUACUCGUCAAUGCUUCUACGAAUCAGGCGCACCUGCGUUCCAUGCGAUGCUAGUGACAGUUUAGGAUCCAUGGGACAAAAGCGUUGGCAAAUUCGUAACAGAAAAGUCCUUCGCAUGAUGCUUACGGUCUUAUUUGCUUACGGUUUCUGCUGGUUUCCUUGCCUGAUUUACAUAUUCGUGGUAGUGUAUGCUUGGGUUGACAAGAAACUAGAGCCACCUUGUCUUUUAGUGAUUUUCGGAAAAUAUACCUUUUAUUUGGCUUUUGCUAAUCCAUCCAUAAAUCCAAUCAUUUAUUUCAUGUUCAGCGAAAAUUAUAAAAACGGUCUGAAAAAGCUGAUUGGCCAAUGCCUGGGCCCACCGUCCUGUUAUAGAUUAAAGAUCUCAAGAAACAGGCACCAGCCCGCUGAGAUUAAGGGCACCACUUUGAAGCGAAAGAAAAGGCACCAAGGUAAUCUGCAACAUCAAGAUAUAGAGUUGCGAGUUCUCUGA